AUGGCGGUUCCCGUCCGCGGUUCUCCUGGCUUCGGACGGAUCAGGGCUGCUGGCCAGACUUUGGAGAGUCUUUUCACUCUCGUUUCAAGGCCAUUUUGUUCCGCUGCCGCUGCUUCUAAUUCUCUGAAUGCACAGCGAUUAGCAGAGAGGCUCCGAGCCCCAAAACGGCAACAAAACACGGAAAGGGAGCCGGUGCCCACAAACCCUAUUCAGCGGAGGGUGCGAGAAUUAGUGCGCUUCACACAGCAGCUGCAGCGAGUCCACCCCAAUGUCCUUGCUAAGGCUUUAAGCCGAGGGAUUCUUUAUCAGGACAAGGACCUCGUAGUCAUCAAUAAGCCCUAUGGUCUUCCUGUGCAUGGUGGUCCUGGAGUCCAGCUCUGCAUCAGUGAUGUAUUGCCUAUCCUGGCAAAGAUGCUUCACGGCCACAAGGCAGAGCCCUUGCAUCUGUGCCACCGGCUGGAUAAGGAAACAACAGGCGUGAUGGUGUUGGCUUGGGAGAAGGAAGUAGCACAUCAAGUUCAAGAGUUGUUCAGAACCCGUCAGGUGGCAAAGAAGUACUGGGCCAUCACUGUGCGUGUCCCCGUGCCCUCUACAGGAGUUGUGGACAUCCCCAUCAUAGAGAAGGAGGUGCAAGGCCAGCAGCAACACCAUAAGAUGACACUGGCCCCAAGCUACCGCAUGGACAACGGGAAAAUGGUAAAAGUACGGAGCAACCGGCAUGCACACGUGGCUGUGACUCAGUACCAGGUGCUAAGCAGCACAGUCUCCUCCGCCCUCCUAGAGCUCCAGCCCAUCACUGGAAUAAAGCAUCAGUUGCGAGUUCAUUUGUCUUUUGGAUUGGACUGUCCAAUCCUUGGUGAUCACAAGUACUCAGACUGGAAUAAGUUGGCCCCGCAGAAACUGUCCAUCAGUACCCUGAAGAAGCUGGGGCUACAGCAGUCAAAGGCUCGCCACAUCCCCCUUCAUCUACAUGCCCGGCAGCUGGUCCUGCCUGCUCUGGGGCCCCAGAAGGAGGAACUCAACUUGGUGUGCAGACUUCCUCGCUUCUUUGCACACUCCCUGCGCCGUCUGGGUUUAGAGAUACCAAAUGAGGGUGAAAAUGGGGACAGUGAAGCCAAGCAUCCAGGAGCACAGUGAAGACCCUGGGAGUUCUCUGAUGUCGGGGAGUGCACUCUGGCCCCUGAACUUUUUGCUUUGUUUACUGAGCUCUGCCUACUUCUCAGGGGAGCAGACUCCAAAAGAGCAGGUAGGAUAAGCUGGAGCAACAUAGCUGCUUCAGGGCUCAUCAUGGAGAAUAAAGUCUAUUUACUGAUGGAAA